UUGUCUGUGUCAUUUUUUAUUUUUUCAUAUAUGUAUUUUUGCCUAUUUAACUCAUUUUUGGAUGUCUCCAGGUAUUCAUUUCUAUCUCCAUGGGAAUAAUUUUUUUAUUAUUUUACUUGAAACCUUUUUUCUCCUCUUCUUACAACAAAAAAUGCAAAUUGUUGGGUGAACAAAAAUGUCCUUUAUGGCCUAGAACUUUUGCGAAAAAGCAAAAGAGAAUGUUAAAAAGAUUUUUAAGGCAAGUUUUAAGCAUUUUUUACUUAUUUUUUAUUAAAAAACAAGGUGCCAAUUUCUUAAAGCUUUUUUACUUUAAAAAAGAACCUAACAAUUUCCAUUCCAUUUGCGCCACUUAAACAUAAUAAAUAAUAUCUGAGACUAUUUGAAAAUUUUUUCUUUGAAAACAAGCCGUUUUUACACAAUAUACAUUAAAUCUAACAGAGGAGAAUAAAAGAGAGGAAUGGGGAUGGGGGGAUUUACUAUACAUAUGUAUGGUAGUGGGAAAUAUUAUAAAAAUAGAGAAUAU